AUGAAGAUAAAAUGUUGCAGUGUCUGUAACCAGCGGAGGGCGGUCCGCAGCAGGGCAGCAGUCUGUCUGCAGCAGUCUGUCUGCAGCAGUCUGUCUGCAGCAGUCUGUCUGCAGCAGUCUGUCUGCAGCAGUCAGUCUGCAGCAGCCCGCAGCAGGGCAGCAGUCUGUCUGCAGCAGUCUGUCUGCAGCAGCCCGCAGCAGUCUGUCUGCAGCAGUCUGUCUGCAGCAGCCCGCAGCAGUCUGUCUGCAGCAGUCAGUCUGCAGCAGCCCGCAGCAGUCUGUCUGCAGCAGUCUGUCUGCAGCAGCCCGCAGCAGUCUGUCUGCAGCAGCCCGCAGCAGGGCAGCAGUCUGUCUGCAGCAGCCCGCAGCAGGGCAGCAGUCUGUCUGCAGCAGUCUGUCUGCAGCAGCCCGCAGCAGGGCAGCAGUCUGUCUGCAGCAGUCUGUCUGCAGCAGUCUGUCUGCAGCAGUCCGCAGCAGGGCAGCAGUCUGUCUGCAGCAGUCUGUCUGCAGCAGUCUGUCUGCAGCAGUCCGCAGCAGGGCAGCAGUCUGUCUGCAGCAGUCUGUCUGCAGCAGUCUGUCUGCAGCAGUCUGUCUGCAGCAGUCCGCAGCAGUCUGUCUGCAGCAGUCCGCAGCAGGGCAGCAGUCUGUCUGCAGCAGUCUGUCUGCAGCAGUCCGCAGCAGGGCAGCAGUCUGUCUGCAGCAGUCUGUCUGCAGCAGUCCGCAGCAGGGCAGCAGUCUGUCUGCAGCAGUCUGUCUGCAGCAGUCUGUCUGCAGCAGUCCGCAGCAGGGCAGCAGUCUGUCUGCAGCAGUCCGCAGCAGGGCAGCAGUCUGUCUGCAGCAGUCCGCAGCAGUCUGUCUGCAGCAGUCCGCAGCAGGGCAGCAGUCUGUCUGCAGCAGCCCGCAGCAGGGCAGCAGUCUGUCUGCAGCAGCCCGCAGCAGGGCAGCAGUCUGUCUGCAGCAGUCCGCAGCAGGGCAGCAGUCUGUCUGCAGCAGUCUGUCUGCAGCAGUCCGCAGCAGGGCAGCAGUCUGUCUGCAGCAGUCUGUCUGCAGCAGUCCGCAGCAGGGCAGCAGUCUGUCUGCAGCAGUCUGUCUGCAGCAGUCUGUCUGCAGCAGUCCGCAGCAGGGCAGCAGUCUGUCUGCAGCAGUCUGUCUGCAGCAGUCUGUCUGCAGCAGUCCGCAGCAGGGCAGCAGUCUGUCUGCAGCAGUCCGCAGCAGGGCAGCAGUCUGUCUGCAGCAGCCCGCAGCAGGGCAGCAGUCUGCAGCAGCUUUUCCUUCUGCAGGAUUCUCACUCUUUAA